UAUGAACGAAACGGCUCCCAACCUUGUGACAACCUAUUCAUUUAAAGGUGGUAAAGAAUAUGUUUUGAAAAUGAGAGUAACAACACUUCGCGGGAAUUCACAGCGUAGUCUUGAUUUAUCAGUGACUGAUAAAUACACUGGCGAGGAUUGGCACUCAGCUUACGAUAUCGCGUAUAUCGAAAAUUUGACUCACAAGACGGGAAAUUAUAAACAAUUUGACAUAUUUGUGGCGAUGUUACAAUCAGGACUUUUAAAAACUAGCGAGUCCAUUAGUUUGGAUCUUCUCACUUUUGAGGAUUUGGAACUUUUACGAUCGCGACGUGCUGACAAUUAUUCAAAUCCUCCAGUAAAUCACAAAAAUAAUAAUCGACGUUAUUUAAUUCUCACAUAUACAGUCGAAUUCGAUCGAAUCCAUUAUCCAUUACCUCUGGAGUAUUGUGGACCUCCAGAUCCAUCAAUUUUACAAGCGACAAUUCGAAAACUCGAAGCGGAAAUCGAGAAACUCAAUUCCACUGGAGUCAAUAAAGAUUUACAAACAAGAGUCGAACAAUUAACAUUAGCCAAUCGAAAACUUAUUCAGGAUAAUCAAAAAUUAAUUUCCGGAAAAGGAUCUCGACAUUUGUUGAAUUCGGUGAAAUCAUUGGAGAGAAAUGUCGCCGAGGAGAGAGCGUCAUUUCGUUCGCAAAUACAAAAAUUGCGUGCUGAAAAUGCGUCUCUUAAUGGAAAAAUUCGACAAUUGCAACAGCAACAACAACAAACAACGGGAAAUCGAAAAUUUCCAUUGUCAAGAAAUGCAAGUCCAUCAUUUAGAAAACGUUGCACAACUCCGCCACGUUCAUCGCAAAGUUAUCCAAAUUUUCGACAACAAAGUCGAAGUCAAUCGCCGGCAUUUUCCAAUCAUGCAAAAACUUCCAGUUUAUCACGAAGUUCCUCGGUUGAGUCAAGAAAAUCAAAACAUUCACCCCGACGAAUCACGAAAAAAUCCAAUAGGCUCAAAACCAAAGAAAUCGAUUUUCGAAACCUAGAAACGAGGAUCCGAACACUGCAAAAAAUGCUUCAUGAAGGAAUCAAUUUUUACUAAUAUUAUUAUUAUUAUUAUUAUUGAAAAAAAAAACUUCAGAGAGAAUCUACCAUUUCUUUUGUAUAUGUACAUGUAAUAUACUUAAAAACAAAAAUAAUACAUCAAGCUUGAAAAUCGUCGCUAAAUGUUAUUGUAUAUUGUAAACCUAAAAUAUUUACAAAAAGGCAAAGAAAAAGAAAACAAAAGGGAAGAGUCACAAUUAGAAAGAAGAAUGAACUCGAUUUCAAUAAAAAAAAAAAAAAUAAAAAUCACUUCUUCUUUUUUUUAAAAAAAAAGUUUAUAAACAAAAAUAUAACCGUAUUUUUUUUUUUUAACAAAUAAAAUUAAAUCGAGACAAAAAUUUUCUUUUCUAAAAAAAAUCCCUUUCGCCUGUUUUUCUAAAAAAAAAAUAUAUAUUCCCAAUUUUUUCCUUUUUAUAAAAAAGGCAAUUAAGUAAUUUUUAUAAAUUUUCCAAGUGAGAAAAUUUAAAAAAUUUUUAAUUUUUUACUUAAUUCCCCUCCCCCCCCCUACAAAUUUUUCAUUUACAUUGAGAAAGAAAUUUCUUUUCAAUGAGAAAAUAUUUGUCGAAGAAAAAACAAAACAAA